UCUAAAUAAGAUUAUCAGAUUCAAUUGAAAAAAAAAAAAAAGAGUUUCCUUCACUAAAAUUAUCCAACCGUAUUUAUUUGUUCCUUAGCCGAAUAUGAGCUGUACCAGAUUUUUCUAGGGACCAAAACCCUUUUCUUCCAUCGCUUUUCUUGUGUUCCCCCUUUUUCUUUUAUUUUCAGCAAAUAAAAAUUUAUCUCGACUCUCUACUAUUGGCCUUGCUUCUGCUGCAUGGCUGCAGUUUGUUCUCUCGUGCUGUCACUCCUCCUUCUCCCUCCGUCCUUUGCCUCUGCCAGCCAAUUUCCCUGUCUUCCCCUUUCCUUUCCCUCCGUCGCCCUGUAAGAUUUUUCUGAUUCUCUCAAUUUUUUUCCCAAACACCGAGAAGAGAAGAGAGUCAGCGCGCGGCUGGAAGCCACAAUCCAAAACCUGGCCCAAAAUAUCGCGCUCCGCUUAACUGCUGCAACUUGCUUCCCUUUCCCCUCCCCCACCACCACUGUCCUCGCCACAUCGCCAUCACCAUAUAUAACCCAAUCCAACGACACAGAUCCCUCUCUCUCUCUCUCUCUCUCUCGCUCUCGCUCUCCACAUUCCCCGUUAACUUCCCCCCCGGUAGUAACCGUUUCUGAUUCUUCGCGUUCACAAUCCGAUUCUCUACAGUGAUUGGAAUUCGAUCAAUGCAAGCCAACGUCGCCGCCGCUCGCCGGUGAUUCUUUCUUCUUUCGUCGAAGCAGGAUCAAGAAAGCAUUCUUUGAGAACGACCGGUAGGCAAGGUGUUUGCUAGAUUGCGUCAAUGGCCGUCUGAAGACUCGCAUAAGAGAAAGCUUCGUCUCGACGUGUGAGUAUUUGUUCUUUCUCUUGCAAUGUCAAUCAAUCCAGUGGGAAAGAUCACUUCAGAAUGUGGCGUUGGUUCUCUCUGAUUCAUUCUUCAAUCUUGUUGAGAAGGAUCAAGUGAGCGCUCGGGAAGGCGAAAGAACCGUUCGCGACUGUGUUUUCGCGCUCGGACGGCCUGCAGGGAAGGUGUUUGCUUUAUUGUGUCAAUGGCCGUCUGAAUUCUAGCAGAGUCUGAUAACAACUAACGUCUCUACUGGGUAGGUUUCUUUUUCUUCAUCUUCUUCUUGCAAUGACAUUCAAUUCUCUAGACUUAUGAUUCACAAUGUGCUAAAGAUUGCAGGGUUUUCUUUGUUUGUUUGCUUCUUUCUUGUUCGUUCGGUCCAGAAACAAAGCGCAUGCCAGGGAAUAAUUACUGUCCGAGUCCUACCACGCCGAGAACAAGACUAGAGAGGCUUCUGAGGGAUAGAGAGCUUCGGAAAUCCAGCCGAGUUUCCACUCCCUCUGAGGAGAUAGGAGAUACUCUAUCGGAAGCCGAUUUCUUCUCCCAGGAUUCCAUUUUAUCUUGCCAACUAAGCGACGAGCAGCAGGAUUUCGAAGGAUUGUUGGAAGGUUCUCCUCCGCAAGAUGUGCGGCCUCGUAAACAAAGAUUGCUGGUGGUUGCCAACAGGCUCCCCGUUUCUGCAACUCGGAUGGCUGAUGAUGCGUGGCAUCUUGAGAUCAGUGUGGGCGGCUUAGUCAGUGCACUUUUGGGGGUGAAGGAGUUUGAUGCCAGGUGGAUUGGCUGGGCCGGUGUGCACGUACCUGAUGAAAGUGGACAGAAGGCACUAACUGAGGCAUUGGCCAAAAAGAGGUGCAUCCCUGUUUUCCUUGAUGAAGAUACUGUUCACCAGUACUACAAUGGCUACUGCAACAAUGUCCUGUGGCCUCUUUUCCAUUAUCUGGGUCUUCCCCAAGAAGACAGACUCUCGACCACCCGUAGUUUCCAGUCCCAGUUUGAUGCCUACAAGAGGGCGAAUCACAUGUUUGCUGAUGUUGUGAACGAGCAUUAUGAGGAGGGAGAUGUCGUUUGGUGCCAUGAUUACCAUCUGAUGUUUCUCCCCAAGUGCUUAAAAGAGCACAACAGCAAAAUGAAGGUUGGGUGGUUUCUCCACACGCCUUUUCCUUCAUCGGAGAUACAUAGGAUGCUGCCAUCACGUUCAGAUCUCCUGCGAUCCGUUCUGGCUGCUGAUUUAGUUGGGUUCCACACUUAUGAUUACGCAAGGCACUUUGUCAGUGCAUGUACUCGCAUCUUGGGACUUGAGGGGACACCUGAAGGAGUAGAAGAUCAGGGGAGGCUUACUCGUGUUGCAGCGUUCCCUAUUGGGAUAGAUUCAGAUAGAUUCAUCCGAGCUCUAGAGCUUCCGAAAGUCAAGGAGAGUAUGAAAGAUCUGAAAGAAAGAUUUGCUGGCAGAAAGUUAAUGUUAGGUGUUGAUCGUCUUGAUAUGAUCAAAGGGAUACCCCAAAAGAUUUUGGCAUUUGAGGCUUUUCUGGAGGAAAAUCCACAAUGGCGUGAAAAAGUAGUGCUUCUGCAAAUUGCUGUGCCCACAAGAACAGAUGUUCCUGAGUAUCAAAAGCUUACAAGCCAAGUUCAUGAGAUUGUUGGACGCAUCAACGGAAAAUUUGGGACCCUUACCAGUGUUCCAAUUCACCAUCUGGAUCGAUCACUUGACUUUACAGCUCUAUGUGCACUAUACGCUGUUACCGAUGUGGCACUUGUUACGUCAUUAAGGGACGGAAUGAAUCUUGUCAGCUAUGAGUUCGUCGCCUGCCAGGCUGCCAAGAAAGGGGUCCUCAUUUUAAGUGAGUUUGCUGGAGCAGCACAGUCGCUUGGAGCUGGAGCACUUUUGGUCAACCCAUGGAAUAUCUCAGACGUUGCUACAUCGAUUCGUUAUGCUCUGAAUAUGUCAGAAGAUGAAAGAGAGAAGAGAUUCCACCACAACUUCAUGCAUGUGACGACUCAUACAUCACAAGAGUGGGCUGCAACCUUCGUCAGUGAACUGAACGACACUGUGGUUGAAGCACAGCUAAGGACAAGGCAGGUGCUUCCUGUCCUUCCAAUCGACACUGCAGUUUCCCGCUACACCUGCUCCCACAAUCGCUUGCUUAUACUGGGGUUUAAUGGAAGUUUAACCGAACCAGUAGACUCUUCUGGUAGAAGAGGUGGUCAAAUUAGAGAGCUGGAACCUAGACUGAACCCUGAACUGAAAGAACCUUUGAAGAAGCUGUGUGGUGAUGAAAAGACGACUGUCAUUGUCCUCAGCGGAAGUGAUCGAUCAGUCCUAGAUAAUAACUUCGAGGAAUUCAAUAUGUGGUUAGCAGCAGAGAAUGGGAUGUUCUUACGCCUUACGAGUGGCGACUGGAUGACAACAAUGCCUGAAAAUCUCAACAUGGACUGGGUUGACAGCGUAAAGCAUGUUUUCGAGUAUUUUACAGAAAGGACGCCUCGAUCCCAUUUCGAGCUCCGUGAAACUUCACUAGUAUGGAAUUACAAGUACGCAGAUGUUGAGUUUGGAAGGCUCCAAGCGAGAGACUUGCUGCAGCAUCUAUGGACCGGCCCAAUCUCAAAUGCUGCCCUUGAUGUCGUCCAUGGAGGCCGUUCGGUGGAGGUUCGAGCUGUUGGUGUUACAAAGGGAGCAGCCAUUGAUCGCAUUCUUGGGGAAAUAGUGCAUAACAAAAACAUGAAGGCACCCAUUGACUACGUCCUCUGCAUCGGCCAUUUCCUCAACAAGGAUGAAGACAUUUACUCAUUUUUCGAGCCGGAGCUGCCGGCGAUGACACAUAUAUCGUCACGGGCCACUUCCCCUGACCCUUACGGCUACGCCAGCAGGGGGUCAAAGCCCAAGUUGCCAGGAAGCAGAACGCCCAAAUCGCAGGCCCACUUGAUGAAGCAGCGGUCAUUGUCAACACUGGAGAGAAGUAAUUUUGGGACGUCCAGUUGGCGGCAGCUGGGCAGAGACGACAGGGCCUCGUCGGCGUCGGCGUCGGCGGAGGGUGCGGCGUCGUCGUCGUCGUCGUCAUCGUCUCGCGGCCAUGAAGGGUCUUCCGUCCUAGAUCUGAAGGGCGAGAACUACUUCUCUUGUGCUGUCUCCAAGAAGCGAACCAACGCCAGGUAUCUGCUUCGGUCUUCAAGCGACGUGGUGGAGCUACUGAAGGAGCUCGCUGAUACGGUGCCGUAGCCGUGUGGUGGGAUGGUUUAUGUUUUGGAAUUUCGGCUUCGCAUCCAAUGUAUGUGUUACAAUAUUAUAGAUCCAUUUUAGGUUAGGUCAUUUGAUAAUGUCGUUUACAUUCACUGCCUGGCAAAAUGGUUUUGACACCAAGUAGAAUAGCAUCGAAGAUUUCAACCAUUUUGUUGAGGUUGCAGUGAAGCUGCUAAUCAAGCUCUUGCACUUUC